AUUGUGAGCCUCGGUAGCGACUGUUUCUUUUUCGCCUCGAAAAAUAUAUUAUCUGUUUUCGUUAAACUCUUUUUAUCGAGUUUGUAAAUAAUAUUUUGAUGGAUAAAAAAUGGUUUCUACGAGAUUUUUAACAUUUUAUGUUUAGUAUGUCGACCUACGAGCUAGUCAAUACAUAUUCCGUGUUUAGUUGAAGACGACAGUUUAAUAAUUCCUUUUACAUGAAUUAGAUUAUUCUCAACGUUUUUUUCUCUGGCUGUGCAAGGAUUUUAACGUACUAAUAUCAGGAUUUUUAACUUUUUCACAAUGUCUGUCGCAGAAUUUCUAAAGGGACUUCCUUCACAUGAUGAAAAUAACUUUGCCAAUUUUCAUACUGACAAUGGAAAUCGAACCUGUGUUAAAAGGCCGUCGGUCUACCUUCCUACUAAAGAUUAUCCACCUGAACAAAUUAUAGUUACAGAAAAGACAACUAUACUUCUUAGGUAUCUUCAUCAACAAUGGGAUAAAAAGGUAUCGCAAAAUCCAGAUAAGAAAAGAGAAUUUUUAUCAGCUAAUGGUGAUGUACAAGAUGAAGGUGCUACAAUUCGUAUUAAAAGGCCACGUCUAGAUCUGAAUAAUACCCUUUAAAUGACACCGCACAUCCUUACUUUCUAUCUACAACAGCAUACAUUUAUACGUACCUUAAGGAAGUAAUAUAAUAUGGUAUUAGUAAUUACACUUUUUGUUUUGAAAUCAUAAAAUUAUAUCAUUUUAUUCUGUAAAAAUCUUUCAUAGCAUCAUCUUAUUACUAUAAUUUUACUGAAAAUAUAUGUUACAUAUAUUAUUUGUAUUGUUAAAGUAAAAAAUUUGGCCGUUAAUAUAUUUCUAAACAAUA